AUGGCAUCAUCAACUUCGCCGGAAGACAACAAAAUCUACGCCUUGAUAAAUUACGAAGACGCCUACGUUCAACCCCUCAUCCUGUCCGCCCUUGAGAAAUGUCUUCCACCAUUAUCCUACCAUCUCAUAACCUCGCUCUCUGAUCUGCCCAAACCCACAUCCCGGCUUCUCCAAUUCGUGCAAUACGAAGCCAUCGAUUGGGACCACCUAACCUCCCACCCAACGACAUCCCUCGCAAACGCCUACGUCAUCCGCAAAGCUUUGAUCCGCAAACACUACCUCAGCACCACGAUCGCAAACUGGGUAACCAAGUAUCCGGAUUCCGUGCUCAAAGAUCACGUGAAGUCCAGUGUAGAAUUUGAAGUAGAUUACGCCGAGUUUCUAGAUGAUGCACUUGUGGAAGCAUGGGAGUUGAGGGAGAGUUGGGCGAGGAACGAGCAACUGGACGAGGAAGAAGAAGGGGAUGAGAAGGCGAAGAAGAAGCGGGAAUGGUGGAUUUUGAAACCGGGGAUGAGUGAGAGGGGCCAGGGGAUACGGCUGUUUUCGAGUGAAGAGGAACUUACUGACAUCUUUGAGGAGUGGGAUCCUGAGAGUAGUGAUGAUGAAGACGAAAAUGCGAGGAGCGAUAUCAACGAUGCCAAUAAAGAGGAGAAGCAAGAAAACGACGGUAUCAUAACAUCUCAACUCCGUCACUUCAUCGCUCAACCAUACAUCCACCCACCCCUCCUCCUGCCUCCCCCACAAACUCCCCAAGACACCUCAACGUCAACAAGCAGCCUCCGCAAAUUCCACAUAAGAACAUACGUCCUAGCCACCGGCGCCCUACAAGUCUACAUCUACCGCCCCAUGCUCGCCCUUUUCGCCGCACGACCCUACCUACGCCCCUGGGACGCCGCACUACAGAAAAACCGCGAUGAAGCCAUGCGCGCCCAUCUAACGAAUACGUGUCUCCAAGAAUCUGGAGAUAGAGAGGGCAGCGUGGGUUUGUUCUGGGAUUUACCUGAUGAGCUUCCUACGCAGCCCGAGUUCUCCUCUUCUGGCAGCACAGCGGAAGCAAAGGGGGACUGGAAGUCACAAAUCUUCACUGAAAUCCAGAGUAUAACUGGUGCUACGUUUGAAGCGGCGGCACGUGGCAUGGGCAUUCAUUUCCAACCGCUGCCAAAUGCGUUUGAGGUUUUUGGGCUGGAUUUUAUGGUUUCGGUGGAAGAAGACGGGGGACUGAAGACGUGGUUGUUGGAGGUUAAUGCGUUUCCGGAUUUUAGGCAGACGGGGGAUGAGUUGAAGGGGUUGGUGGAGGGCUUGCUUGAGGGCGUUGUGGGCGUGGGUAUUGGGGGGUUCUUCGGGGUUGGUGGGGAGAAGGGUCGAGAGGAGAAGAUGGUGAAGGUUCUGGAUAUUGAUCUGGGGAGACGGUGA